AUGGAGCAAAUGUCUCCCAGGCUGAGAGCCUUCCUUUCAGAGCCCAUUGGUGAAAAGGAUGUUGCCUGGGUGGAUGGUAUCAGCCGAGAGCUGGCCAUCAAUUUGGUCACCAAAGGUUUUAACAAGGCCUAUAUCCUGCUGGGCCAGUUCCUUCUAAUGCACAAGAAUGAAGCUGAGUUUCAAAAAUGGCUUAUCUGUUGCUGUGGUGCCACUGAGUGUGAGGCCCAGGAGAGCUCUAAGUGUCUGAAGGAAUGGUGCACCUGCUUCCUGUAG